UCCACUGGUUUUUGCAGACCAAGUGCUGAGUGAGAGAAGGACACCUCACUGCGUUUUCUUUUGGCCCAGGUUUGAAAAGAUGUUGCGCGUUUCUCUGUUUCUGCUUUUCUCUUUUCACGCAGCUCUGAGCCUUAAAAUCUGCUCUUUCAACGUGAGGUCAUUUGGAGAAGCCAAGCGAACAAGACCAGAAAUCUUGGACGUCAUUGUAGAGGUAUGUUGUUCGCUCUACGGGAUUAAAUAAAUACUCAGCUGAACGGAGGGACAUUUUAUCUAGCUCAUCUUUCAGGGUAUUUUAUCUUCACACAGCCAAGUCCUGCUAAUGAAUGGCUGAGCAUUAAUAAAUCUGCUGUGUUCCUAACAGCGGAAGAAUCAAUUUGCAGACCUGAAGCCAUAUGUUCAGCAAGAUUUAUUUACACAUUAAAUCUAGCAGAAAUACAAUGCUGAAUGCUGUUGCAGAUGAACAUGAGGGAUUAUGGGAACAUUUUGAUGGGCAAGAAAAAUUGUCCCCUUCUCAUCUAUAGUCUCAUCAGACGUUGCUUCGUUACUAGCAUGCUUAAUUUGUUUAAUCACCACUAUGAAGUACUCUGGUCUCAUUAAGGAGAAAUUACAAUCACAAAAUAAGUUGGACCCUUGCAGACAAAAGUGAUUGUAUUAUAAACACCUUCUGAGUGAUUUAAGCACUUUGGUGCCAUUCAAAAACCUGUGCAUCGGAUGCUUGUAAACAAGAACAAUACAUCACCUUUGCAUUGCAACGAGCUCUGCUUGAAGUCAUUUAGUGCUUCUAAAGUGUACAAGAAGACGUACAAAUGCAACUGCUGUUCUGAAUCCUUCGUCUCCCAGCAAAUUAUGAACUUCAAGUAUUUUGUUUGACAGUGACAAAAUGAGGGCACACGCAGCGUUUCGUGACAUGACUAUUUCUGUAUCUGCUUGCAGACUCAUUUCUGUAAUUUUAUUUUAUUUUUAAAAAGUGGCCCAAAAUGCUAAUUUGGCUGAGUGGCUUUAAACCAGUGAGUCAGCACACAAUACAUGAAUGCUAAAUUCAAGUCAGCAAUUCAGAUGCCUCUAUGGAUCUUCUGCCACCAUUACAGCUAUAGUUUGUCCUUUAAACAUAGGAACACAGAAAGCUGCCAUAUACUGAGACAGGUAAUUGGUCCAGCCAGUUUAGUAUUGUCUGACUGAGAGAGGAUCUCCAGGAUUUUAGAGAGGAAUCCCAGCCCUACUUGAAGAUGCUGGGGGUUGAUCUGGAGACUUUCCACAGUCCUCUGUCAUGGACCAUCAUCCUUCCCCAAAUGAAGCCUGCCAAUAGCUUCAUACUGGAACAUGCACAAGUUUACUCAGAGUAGACCCAUUGAAGUUAAUGAACAUGUCUAAGAUAGGUUGAUUGAUUCCAGGGCUUGCUUUUAAGCUAAAUGCAUUAUUCUUCCCUGACUAUAUUUAAUGUUUCCCCUCCCUCCAAAGAGCUCAGGACAACAUGGACAGGGGUGUCUCUCUCCUCAUCCCCUACAUUAUCUUUGUCAGUGUUUCAACUUUAUAUGUACUUUCUAUGUCUAUUCAGGAGUUCCACUGAGUUCAAUGCAGCCUAUUCCCCAGGUACAAGGGCAUUGGGUUGCAGACUUAUUUUAUUCACGUCCUGUCUUUUCAUUGGGGGAAUCACAAGGUGGCUUGCAAUCACACAAGAGGACAAUAAAAUAAUAUUAAAGACAACAUGAUGUCCUUGCAAAAUGCAUAUUGAUAAAGCAGCAGAAACACAGCAUAUAGCACAACAUCAAAACAGCAGUAGAGGAACAUAGCAGAAAAGAUUGAGCUAGCCAUAAAGCAAUUUUUAUCCUCAUACCAAUUCUUUGGGUAUGUUAGGCUGAGAGAUAGUGACUGUCCCAAGUUCAGCCAGUAAGUUUUACAGUGGUACCUUGGGUUAAGAACUUAAUUCGUUCUGGAGGUCUGUUCUUAACCUGAAACAGUCCUUAACCUGAGGUACCACUUUAGCUAAUGGGGCCUCCCGCUGCUGCUGCUGCUGCUGCUGCUGCUGCUGCUGCUGUGCCACCGCUGCAUGAUUUCUGUUCUCAUCCUGAAGCAAAGUUCUUAACCCGAGGUACUAUUUCUGGGUUAGUGGAGUCUGUAACCUGAAGCGUAUGUAACCCGAGGUACCACUGUAUUGUGGAGCAGCAUAUUAAACUGGGACUCCCCCACUCCACUUCAGUCUAUAUCCGGGACACUAGCCACCAUGUGCUGUUUUAAUGUGAUAACAAGCCAAAUAAAGGGUGUUUUCAAAUGUUUCAAAAAAGCACCCUGGCAGUCUGGUUGCACCUGACCUGGUAGACUUCAUUCUCCAAAUAUUUUGCCAAAAGACUCCAUCUCACUUUGGUUGUUUCUGCAAGAAAGAGAGAAGGUUUGGGCACCUCAGCUGAGUGCCUGUAUAGCUGAACUCUCCCCAUAAGAAACCCAUCUCAGCUUAUUGCCGCCUCAUUUAGUGUUGGGGCAUUUUGUCGAUAUCAUCUUGUGUUUAUAUUUUUGAGGUGGGGUGUUGUUUUUAAAAAGCUUUUACUGUGUAAGCCACCUUGAAGUUCUGCUUCGAAGAGCAGCCUAUAUAUUGUUUGAAUAAAUGAAUGAAAUUAUGACAAUGUUUUUAGAUGUUCUUAAUGUUUUGAACUGUUUUAAUAGGUCUUUAUUCAUUUUUAAUUGCAUCGUUUUGCCAGGGGUUUCUUUGGUUGUCACCCAGAGCUCAUUUGGGAGGGAUGUGAGAUAGAAAUUUAAUAGUUGAUGUAAUAUAAUAUAAAUCAUAAUUGUAUUCUUUUAUUGGUUUGCUGCUAAUGAAUGCAGAGUACAGAGGCAUGAACCUGUCUGUGUACCUUAAGACACUUUAGAAUUUUCACUUACGCAAUCCUUUCAAUCUCUUGGAACAUCAUCCCAUUUCUUAAAGGAUAGUCUCACAGUAUUUAUAUAGUCUUCCACCCAUUAUUUUCCAUGGCUUCACAACAGAUGUGAAUACCAGCAAAUCAAAUACUGCCUCAGCCACUACCUUUGAGAUAUCUGGAAUUCUAGAAUACACAAGACAUUAAUUGGCUUUGCCUCUCUCUAAAUCCCUUCAUCUAUCAAGAACAGUGGCCUGCAGAUGGGCUGUACACUUUCUAAACUUUUUUUUCAUGUACCACAUAACUGUUCCCACAUUUAUCCACCUUUUUAAAGAAGAGUUGGGGGGAUUUGCACAAAAGUACUCUGGAAAAUGGGGGAGCAAAAUCACUGAGGGAUCAGCUAAUCAGUGCCAUACACAGACAGUUUGUUUCAAACUUGCAGAAACAGUCUUUUUCAUAGUAUGGAUUUGGAAAAGGAUAGAUGUGUUUGGACUGAACUUAGUGAGAGUGCUUCCAGAAUAUUGCUGCUACUCUCAGAAUUUUGCUUCUGUCUUCCCUCUGACUCAGGAGCUCUCUAGUACAGGAGCUGAAAGACCAGGAAUUUUUUUGAAGCCCAUUUCUGAUAGGUGAAAUGUUCAGGAGGCAUGCAAAGCCUGUUCAUUCUGGGAAUUCCAAGUGUGUCAAAUAAAGCAUUCUUAAGAAUGUUCUUUCUUUCCUCCUGCAGGUUAUUUCUCAGUGUGACAUCAUGCUACUGAUGGAAAUAAAGGACAACAGCAACAGGCUAUGCCCCUUCCUCUUAGAGAAAUUGAAUGGGUAAGAUGUGAAUGUCAAAUUUAUUAAAAUAUGCAGGGUCAGAUCAAGGGUUUUUUGGAGUUGGGGUCUUGGGCAAAAAGCUUUCAGUGGGCCCACUUCACAGCUGGCCCACCUCCUUGCUACUGCCAUCGCUGUUCAUUAGGGUCUGGUGGCCCAUGAGGCAGGAUGAGGCAGCCUCCUUUGGUGGUAGAGUGCUAUAAGGCAGCACCCCCAGAGACUCCCCACCCCACCACCCCCACUAAUGGUGGCGAAGCAGUGGUAGUUUCUGGUGAGAUCUCACGAGAUCUCUUCAGAAUCCACCGCAGCUUCAUGGGCACUGCUGCACGACCCAAGUAAGGGAGACUGGCAGUGGUGGCACCAGCUUCCUGUUUCACCUCAGGUGACUAAACAGGAUGUGACACCCAGUGGAGGACCUACAAUUUUAGGGCCCUGAAGCUUGAACUGUCAUGGAAGGCCCCUUCGCAACCAGCAACUAGGUCUGGAUAACCACUGUUGUCUUCUUCAAUAGGGUUGCUCCACGACAGAUCACCACACUCUCAAACUUUGUUGAGGUGUAUAUACAACAAAAAAGUGAAUCAAUUUGAGUUGUGUGACUCAAAUUGACAUCACCAGUUGUGUUUUAUGAUUUUCCUGAUUGUAAGUGAGCCGGAACUGGGUCUGUGACCAUAAUAAUAAAAUUCAUUUGUACACUAGUUAGGGCUGAGGAUCUUCUUCUUUAGCAAUCACUCGUAGCCACGUAAGAUUGUCUUCCAUAAACAUGGUUUUAACAGUGAAUCCUUAAGUGACUGUGGAGGCCAAUUCUGGAUCCACAUAUCCUUCCACAGUGGGGACAUAGGUUUCUGGGCAGGAGUUGAUCAUGGUGAGGGUUUGCCAAGCAUGCCUUCCUCUUAGAGCUUUUCUCUCUUUCGCUCUGAGUUCAAGCAUCUUCAAAGCCCAUGACACCUUUGGCUGGGAAUAUUCCCUGCUAUAAACCCCUGAGAACCACUGCCGGUCAAUGAGGACAACACUGAUCUCAUUGAAAGGCAGCUUUCAAUGUUUCUAAGUAGCAAAAGCUAGGAGUAGGAAGAGAAGGGCAAGUGGGCCCCUUCUGGGAUGUAGGCCUCAGGAGGUGACCAACUAUGGCAGAAGAGAGGAGAAUCAAUGCUGAAGGAGGCCUCCCCUUUUCAAGCAUGCCAUGGUGGAUGCCUCCAAUAUGGUGGAUUAAUUCCUUAACUCACACUUCAGGCCCCCUCAUGACACAUUGUUUGGGAAAUCACUGCACUAGCCCUCUUUCUCUGCCAGAGAUGGGGAACCUGUGGGUCUUCUUAGACAACUCCCAUCAUCCCUGACCAUUGGCCAUAGUGGCUGGGGCUGAUGGAAGAUGGCAUCCAACAGCAUCUGGAGGACCACUGGUUCCCCUUUCCUAUGGUAUGAUAUUCCCCCCAGAAACAUUAUCCACGCUGCAGACCAUCCCACCUAGCAGAGCAGGAGAACCUUGGGAUGGACUGUGUCAGGGCAGAAAGGGGAUUUUGCUCAGAUAGUUAAGCAGUGAGCUCCUCCACAUGCCAGAGCCAGAAGCAUUGGCCACUGUUUGUGUUUCACAAUGCUGUGUGUGUUUCCUGUGUAUUCUUUCAAAUAUAUAAAAAAUAAGCAUUUUUCUCCAGUCACUCGCAAGAAAAGUACAGUUAUGUGGUCAGCAAUCGGUUAGGAAGAAGGACCUAUAAGGAACAAUAUGCUUUUUUCUACAGGUAAGUGCAUUUUGCAACUUUCUGCAUGUGGCAUUCUUUGGAAACUGCAAGGAAAUAAGCUGGUGCAUUAGCCUUCAAUUCCCAGUUUAGAUUGUAUAUCUCUUGGGGCAAGGGACCUGUCUUUUGUAUACUUAUUACACUCUGUACUCUCUGAUGAUACUGGGUAAUAAAUAAGAAUAAAAGACUCCUCUGGGGCAUCUAGAUUGGCUUGGCAGACUUGGGAGUGGUUAUACUAGCUGUAAUAUUGGGGGCCUCUCCAGACACCCUUUUUAUUGCACAUUCGUGAUGAUUUGUGCUCACAGUGCUAUUGGCGCAUUCACACAUGACUUGAAAGCAUUGGAUUUUGCAAGAGACUCCCACACUGAAACCAGCAAAACAACCCUUCCUUCCCCUUGGAAAAUGCCUAUAGAGCACCCUGGAAGUGAUGGCCUUAUUGACCAUUGACCAUGGUGGCCCAUUGGUCAAACAAGGAUUUCUUCCAGUGCUACUCACUGUACAGAAGCAGUAUUCAUAUUUCUUUCAGAUAUAUGGAUGUUAUUGGAUCCAAAGACUAGUAUCUCCCAUUUGCCUUUUUUAAUGAAUAAGCAAAAAACUAACUUGCAAAACUACUUUAAGUAUCCUCACCAAGGGUAGCCUCCAGACGUUGGACUUCAGCUCCCAUCAGCUCCCAGGCAGCAUGGUCAGUGGUCAGCGACGAUGGGAGUCAUCGUACAACAUCUUGAGGACACCACAUUGGCUAACCCUGAUCUGCACUAACAUCCCCUUGUUUCAUCACUUUUUGUUUUAUAUUGCCCUCUCACAGCAUCUCACUGGCUUCAUGGCAUCCAAGCAUUAAGCUCUGAACAUUUCUCAUAUAUACAUGCUUCCGUCUUUUAGGACUGUGGUGGGUUGAUGCUUCUGUAAAAACAAAACAAAAAACAACCACCACCACAUAACUCUGAACACAUGAUUUUCUGUUCCUGAAAUGCAUUUUCACCCCACUUAUACAGCAAAACAUGAAAGGAUUUCAUAGCUUCAGGUAGUUGUAUUACUGAGCCAGAAAAUUUGAGAUUAUGAAAACUAGCUUGCUUUUUUUGCGGCGUUUUCAUUGUUGAUUGUAGUCUUAUUAGCUACCUUGUGGAUCUUGGGACAGAAAGUCAGCCUAUACAUUUUUUUAAAAAGGUCUAAACUAUUUGAUAGAGCUGAUAUUCUGUCUGUAUGUUAAUUCACACUUCAGAUCAAAAAUGGUGUCAGUGAAGCAAAUCUAUCAGUAUCCCGAUCUGCAGCCUGAUGACGAAGAUGCACUUUCCAGGGAGCCUUAUGUUGUCUGGUUCUCUUCUCCAAAAACUGGUGAGACAUUGCUCUCCUCCUCCUGUGUGUUUCAUAACCCACAAGCAGAGAUACAGGAAAAGGAUGAGCACUAGGGAAGCCCCAGAUCUUUAUUUUAGACUCUACUGAUGAGCUCCGAAUGGCAAGCCUUAAUGUAGGGCCUGCUGUCUAGGCAGCUUAUGGGGCCAGGCCUGCUUAGCUUCAGGAGUGGAAAUGGAUUAUGGGCCUUCAUGGGAUUCUGUGAGCCACAGAGCACUCUUCAAUCCCAAUUUGGCUGAGGUUACUCUGCAGCUACUUUAACUUCAUGAUUAAUCCACCCUUGAUUGCAGCCUUUUGUAGAACCACAAGCAUAAUCCAGAACUCGCCGCACGUUGACUUAUUUGUGCCAAAUUUAAUUAAGGUCCUAAACAUUAAAUAAGUCAAGACUGUAAAACUCCAAGCACUUUGCAAUGAGAUCUGUUGACUUCAACGUUUUCCAGCACUGCAUAGCAGCUAGGCUUCUAAGUGUGAUUAAUGUCCUAGAGCUAGAUAGCUGCACAUAGAAAACAUCUGAAGAUAGGGUAGUAAGUAGCAAGAGGAAUGCAGUGUGGCACAAGAUUUAAAUGGUUGAAUUAUAAUUCUCAUUAAUAUAUUGAGGCUUAAAGGUCCAUACAAUAAUGUGCAGGGCUGGGUCUACAAAUUUUGCUGGAGGGGGCAAAAGUCUGCAGUGCUACCACCCCUUCUCUUGCAGCUUCAUAUAGUCUCCACCACCAUCACUGAGAGGACGAUGGAGGCACAGGCUUCCUUCUCUUGAUGGCACCAACAGGGGACUGGACACAAUGAGAGAAAAUCUUUCCCCCCUUUAUGUCCCAUGCAGGCUUCCGUCUCUCAGUGGUGGUAGUGAUGGCAGUGGGACAACAAGGAAGGGGGGAAAGCGUUUUCCCCUGUUGUCUCCCACUAAGAGAAUAAAGCCUGCCGGUUCAUGUCCUGUCUCACAGCCACUUCUCACCUUCCUCUUCCUGGGGCAGGCAAAGAGAUGGGCCUUUCUAAUCAGCAGCAGCCUGCCAGACCAUAAGGAGUCACCAAACAUGUACCGAGGCCGUUGUGUACCCCUGUCCUUUUUCUCCUGUGCCGCAGGGCAGGAUGCUGUUUUGCCGCUACUCCAACCUGCUGCCCAGGGCAUGUGCCCCCUUCCCCUCCCCUUGAUCCAGGCCUGGGAAUAUGCAUAUUUUGCAAUGCUAACAUGUCAACAUCUAGAUGUCCUUUUUCAUCCCAGUUUUCAAAUUGGAUAUAAGGAUAGGAUUCCCAACACACAUUCUUGAAUGGAAAAAAGACCACAUGCUGGUAAGAGCAGUUCCACUGCAGAUGCUAAGUGGUCCUUGGGUCUGAGCACAUAGCUGUAUGGAAGGCCACCUGAAAGCAUCUGUAACCCACUCAGAUCUUUAAAGGAAGUGCAGAGUCCAAAACUGUGUAAAUACUCCCUUUUACUCUGCACCCAGUGCACUCCCAUCACUGGUUUGGGAAGUAGGGUACACAUUGUGUUAGCCACAAACCAUGCCUAUCCUGUAUCUAGCUGUUCCUAUCUUAUGCAAUAGAGUGGUACCUCGAGUUACAAGCACCUCAGGUUACAAACGCUUCAGGUUAACAAACUCCGCUAACCUGGAAGAGUUACCUCGAGUUGAGAACUUUGCCCCAGGAUGAGAACGGAAAUUGUGUGCCGGUGGCGCAGCGGCAGCAAGAGGCCCCAUUAGCGAAAGCACGCCUCUAGUUAAGAACAGUUUCAAGUUAAGAACGGACCUCCGGAAUGAAUUAAGUUUGUAACUAGAGGUACCACUGUGCUGUCUUUUGGUGUGUUUUCCCCAAAACCAGCUUUGAUCUUAAUUGAGAAAAAGAGCAACCUAGCUGCAUUUUAAGCCAGUAAUGGGUAUACAGACCAAGAGGAAGGAAGGAAGGAGCUAUUCAGGAGGUGUAGAUCUGUAUGUACAAAAGUGUAGCAUGAGAAUUGAUGCUAAGUAGAAUCAGAGGCAAAAUGGGCCUGCUAAGAUCUGGAAACCAAUCUGGGCCCUAACAAUCAAACUUCUUAUAUAAUUAAAAAACUUUAAUGUACUUGAUACUGGAAGAAAGCUGGACAAUGGGGGUUGUUUUGUUUUUAGAAAGACAAAGACUGUUAUGUUUUGGUAGGCUCAGGUGCCACAUGAGCUUAACUCAAGACCCUCCAAUAUCCAUGACCUUUAAAAGGCAAUAUACCUAAUAAACAUAUUAGAUCUGUCAGUUUUUCUAACCAUGAUGGGAGUGAGUUUUGGAAAUGCUGAUCAUCUUAAUUUUUAAUGUUUGCUUCUUAAGUGGUCAGGGAAUUUGUGAUAAUCCCUCUGCACACAACACCUGAAAUGGCUGUUCGGGAAAUUGAUGAACUCUAUGACGUGUACUUAGAUGUAAGACAACGUUUGAAGUCUGAGGUCAGUCGCUGUUUCCUUGGUGCAUUUGUGCUAAAGUUGUGCUGAAUAUCACCCCACCCCUGUGAACAUCGGAACUUAGAAAGCUGCCUUCUGCUGAGACAGACCAAUGGUCCAUCUUGCUCAGCAUUCUCUGUGUUGACUGGCAGGAGCUGUCCAGGAUUUCAGAUGGGGGGUCUCUCUCAGCCCUACCUAGAGACCAGGGAUUGUGAUCUUCCACAUGCUAAGCAGAGGCUUUACCACUGAGCUACUGCCCUUCUCCUAAAGCUCUAGUCAAAGUGUGGCUUGGUUGUUCUGAGCAGCCCAGCUAUGUUCCUGGAGACAGGAUUACUACUGCCUGCCAUCUGUACUAAUGAAUGAAGUCAUUUCAGAAUUUUAUCUCUCCCUCUUCCUCAUAAUCACACACCAUUAACUUCCUCCUUUUCCAUUUCUCUGAUACUCCCCAUAGAUCUCUUUGCACCUGAAGAUCUAUUGAGAUAAUUCUCAUAUGUGGUUGGCACACGCAGGGAAAUUCAUCAGUGACUCUGUGAGCCAGUCUGAUCUGGGUGCGCCUGCUGCCAUGAUAGGGCGCCUUUGCUAAGAAGCUCAAAAUAGAUCACUUUACUUUCCCAACAUUAAAAAGUGGAGGAGGAGGUUGUUAUACCUUUCUGCCCUGCUUUCUGCAGUCCUGUCUCUUCAAAUUUGUCUUUUCACAAUCUCCUGCCCCACCUUGUAGAAUUUCAUCUUCAUGGGAGACUUCAACGCUGGCUGUGGCUAUGUUGCCAAGAAACACUGGAAGAAUAUCAGACUGAGAAAUCACACUGAAUUUGUUUGGCUGAUUGAUGACAAAACUGACACGACGGUGAAAGCCAGCACCCGCUGCCCCUAUGACAGGUAACAGCUGGUUUUAGAGCUGACUUAUGAACCCUCCCAUCUAGAGCCUCUGCUAAGCUACCUAUUAUCUGCAGUGUUAGAAGAACUCUGCUGGUUACCUUAACAAAAUGCAUGUUGAUUUACAACAGGUUGUUAAUAUUGUGAGGGGGGAAAUGUGCACCUGGGCUAUCUAUGCAUGGAUAAAUUAUUGCAUAUUUGGUCUCUUACCUGUGUGACACCACAUCUAGCUAUUAAUCUAUGAAUAACCAAUCUGUGACAAGUGCAAGAAAUGGGCCUAGGCAGCUGGAGACUGGCCAAUCUGCUCUAGUCCAGGAAAGCCACAAUCUAGCUUCCAAUGCUCCGUUAUUUCUUAAGAACAUACACUGGAACGUAAGAGCCCUGCCAAAAACCCAUCAGAGUCCAGCAUCUUGUUCUCUAAGCAGCCAACCAGAUGCCUAAGGGAAACUCACAAGCAAGGCCUCACCACAACAGCACUCUCCCCACUUACAAUUCUUGGCAGCAGGUAUUCAGAGAUAUACUGCCUCCAGCAGUCAAGGGUGGAAAAAGUCAUCAUGGCCAUUCAUUUGUCUAAUCCUUUUUUAAAAGCCACACAUGGUGUCUAUUUCGGAAGUGAAAUCCAUUGUUUAUGUGACAGUGUGUGAAGACAUUCUUCCUGUUCCUUGGCUCAGAAGAAUAAAGCUAUACCAAUGCUAUCUCAAACCCUCGGUGAGUUAGGGACUUCCCCUGCAUGUGAAGACAGGCUCUGGCAUAUUGAGCGGACGAGACCAACAGUCAAGAAGGUGGUUUCCGCUUGUGCAGUAGAGGAAAGUGAGUGGCAGAAGGGGCUCAUCAACCUGGAAAGGUAGCUCAUCUGGGAAGAGGAAAACUCUGCUAAACCUCCGCUGCCUUGCGGGACAUCUUUGGGGGAGGGGUAAACCCUACACAAAUCCAGAGAGGAGGCCCAAGGUGGUUGAAUGGUGUCUUGUACGCCUUCUUUUAGUAGCUCCUGCAACCAAGCUAUUGCCCAAAGUAUUACUUUGGACCACAUCAGCAAGGCUGAGAUGGGGGUCUUGUUGCCUGGGCAGCCCAGACCUCCAUACACACUGCCCAGGAUUAUGCCUCAGGAGGUCACUUCGGUGCUGCUAACACCCUGAGACUGACUUCACCCCGAGAAGCACACUCCAUUGUCUCUCAAGACAAGCAGAUGCCAACAAUUACCAAGGUACAAUGGGCUUUAUAGAGAAGUUUUUCUUCCUCCUUUACAACACUAGAAUUCAUGGAGCUCCAGUGGAGCUGAAUAUUGGAAGAUUUGUGACAGAUAAAAGAAUGUACUGUUUCACACAGCUCAUAGGCUAUGGAACUCGCUCCCAUAAUAGGCAAUGAUCGCCACCAACUUGGAUGGCUUUAAGAGGAUUGGAAAAAUUCAUGGGGAAUAAGCCUAUCCAUGGCUGCUAGCCAGGAUGACUAUGCUCUGCCUCCACAGUGCUUCUAAUUGCCAGUUGCUGGAAACUGCAGGAGGGGAGAGCGCUCUUGGGCUUGCAGAUUUCCCGCAGGUAUCUAGGUGGCUACAGUGAGAACAUGAUGCUGGGCUAAAAGGGCCAUUGACCUGAUCCUGCACACUCGUCUUAUGUUCUUAUAUGUCUCUAGUGUGUUUUGUUGUUUCAUUUUAUAUAAUUUUUAUUAGGUUUUAAACAAGAAAAGAAAAACAACACACACAAAAAAAACAAUGAGAUUUGGCUAAAACACAAACAACAAUUAAACAAACUUCUCUUUCCAUUUCCCAAUUUUAAAAUUCUUAUUAUCCUGGACUUCUAUAUCCUCACGUAUUUCAAUCUGCAUUGUCUAACUUAGUUUCUCUACUUUUAAACCCAAUCUUUAAUUAACAAAAUAUUAUGCUGUCUCUCUUCAACUUUUAAAACAUAAUCCUUGUUCUUAUGUCAUAUACCUUUAAAUUUUCCUUUGUAUCAAAUUGUUUCUUUAAACAUCUUUGAAUCUUGAUCUGCCCAAUCUUAAUCUAUCCUUAACUUUAACACUGUACAGCUAAGCUAUGUUUUCAAUCAACGCUCGCUCUUUGUCCUAAUUUGCAGUUUCUGAAUGUCUUAAUUCUUAGUCUUCCUCCACAUGACUCUUCUCCCUAGGUCACAGUUCUACUAGUCAUUUCACAUAAAUUCCACUUCUGGUCAUAUCUAAGUUUAUCACCAUUCCUCAGUGUGGGAAGUUCUUGUGUCUUUAAUACUUUGCGAUGAGUAUUCUUGCUGCUGUUGUUUUUUACAAAAAAGAAAUUCCUAUCCUUUUUUAACACCAUUUGGCCCACUAUGCCCAGGAGAAAGGACUCUGGUUUCUUGGGGAAGGUAUACUUAAAUACCUUUUUUAAUUCAUUAUAUAUCAUUUCCCAGAAGUACUACGGUGUGAACUUGAAGGCCACCUCCUCAUACUUCAUACCUGCCUUGUUGCACACGUUUUGUUUAAUUCAUUAUAUUCCAUCAUUCUUGCACAUCCUACUGCGCUAUGCAAGAAAAAAAAAGAAUGAACAACUGAAACCAUUCUAAAAUAUUUAAAAGUCUACAAAAGAGUCAAAAUGUUGCAUCAGUGAUCCGGAGAUGCAGGGAAGCAGGUUAGCCACCACUGUAAUCCCCCAGUGAGAGGCAGUAAGGACAAGUUAAUUGCAUCUUUUGCGCAUUCUUGGGUUGCAUGUUGUCUUCCUCCCUGUGCAAGCCCUUUGGUUGAUUUCCAGACAGAAAACUUUUGACCUCCAUGAAGUCUGCCAGGAUAAUCACCUGAACAUACUGAUGCUCACGAUGAGCUCAUUCCCUGCUGUUGGCACAGCACUUUCCCUCCUUCUGCCCACGCUGUUACCCUUGGCAAGAUCACCUCCCUCCCUUGUUCCCGAAACAGCUGGCAAGCAAGCGCUGUGUUAGAUAGGAUUGUGCUUCUGAGUCACAAUCCAGCCUCCUUUCCCAGCACUGUGCAUCAGGUAGUGCCAGGAUGAUGAGUGAUGUCUGAACAUAGUCGUGUGAGGACGGGCAGUUUGGGAGAAAGAGAGAAAUCACUUGGGGAAGCUCUUCUCUGGUUGUUUUUUGCACAAAGCACUGCACAAAUGUGUCAGGUGGGUGGGUGGGUAUCCCUGUGGCAGCCUACCUGCAGUGGAAUGAACUUCACCCAGCUGAGAGCAAACAUUCAAUCCCUGAAGAUCUCCAGAGGACUUCACAUUGCAGAACUAGAUAGAGAAAAAGGCUGGUAUCAUUGGGUUAGUAAAUGCAUUCCUAAGCAGUGGUGAAUUGGCGAGAGUCUCAAGGACAAGAUAGAGAGGCUGGAGGGGGGGCUUUUUGCUCCCCCCUGGGCCUGAGGUUCUCCAUCCAUGAUCUGAGAUACACAGCUGGCUAACCAAGUAAGACCUUACACCAGAACAAGAGUAUCAGAAGCAGUCCUAAUAACAAGCACUAAAGCUUACCUGUAUCUGUGCAGUUCAGCCAGAAAUACUUGAGAACCCACUACGUUUGAGAUAAUUUUAAUUGGUUAUUCUUUUGUUUUUCCUAUCUUUGACUAAUGGAAACUGAUGCACUAUUGAGGCACUUAAAUUGCCAUUUUCCAUCGUCCUCUACCACCCACGGAAAGAUGAAAUAGCAACUAAGAGACAAGCUAUUUGUGGAUCAGCUUAAUUGCUGGAGUUUUCCUUGCCUUGCCUCUGGGUCGGCUGCAAAUUCAUCUUUCUGCUAUCAAAACCCACCAUGCUCCCUGCUCACCUUUUCUUUCUGACAGCAGCAUAUGUAUUCUCCUCCUGCACGGCAGGCUAACACCCAGUGGUCUUGUUUUCGCCUCUUACAGGAUUGUACUCCGUGGGAAUAAACUCAUAAAUGCUGUUGUGCCAGACUCAGCCGGCAUCUUUGAUUUUCAGACGGCCUUUUCGAUGACUGAAGCACAGGUUUGUGUAAGACAGGAAUAGUACACAAGCGGAGUGUUUUUGCGUUCUCAUCCUGCAUCCGCUGGGGCUUGAGUCCACAGCUGCGCUGCGUCAAAACUGGGGCAGCAGACCAGUGAGAGAGGCAGGCAGCCAGUCGAGGGGAAACAAGCAGGUAGAACAGAGAAGCAGGAAGAACCAUGAGCUGAGAAAUAUAGGGAAUCACAUAACAGAAUUGCAGGCCCAUCUGCACAGAUAGACAGGUGUGUGCCAUGUGUACAGCCAACAUACUUCCAUCACUUUAUCCCCCACUGUGUUUGUCUACGCAAAUCAGAGACCUGUGUGGAUCAUGCUGCGUAAACAGCUGGAGUAACACAACUCGAACAACUGAGGAGCCAAGAACAUGAUUUAUGUAGUACCUGCAGCUGCAUCAGUGGCUGAUAACAAAAUACGCCACUUUAGAGCUGUACUUUGGCAGUCUUUAGAUUAAUGGCCUGCCAGUGUUUGAAAAAGAAAAGGUUCUGACCUCCUUUACCUAAUCCUCAGACCUUAGUUGAGAAAGAGUAUUCUUGCAGAGUAUUGCUGCUUUUAUUCUUAAAAAGUCGUCUUCUCCAACCACAAUCGAGAUCGACAGCUUUUUACACACACCAAACGCAACCAGCUUUCUACCAUCCAACCAACCCACACCCAACACUAACAUUGACCACUCUGUAUAUACAGGUACAAUUAGGUGAAAGGUUGCAUGAGUCAUUGUAGGCCGCUGACUCAUGCUGACUUAGUCCUUUUAGCAUUAAAGAAACAGCGGCCAAUUUUUAGCCGUGACAUGGCCCAUGUGCUCUGUCAGCGAGUCCUGCCACUGAUAGGGCACUCCAACUAGCCCCUCCCCCCUAGUGUCCCUGGGAGGAGAUAGAGCUCAGUGGCAUAGCAUCUGCUAUGCAUGCAGAGGGGCCCAGGAUCAUAUAAUUAUAGAAUCACAGAACUAUAGAAUUGGGAAAAGCCCUGAGGAUCAUCUAGUCCAACCCCUUGCAAUGCAGCUGUCCUAUACGGGGAUCAAACUUGCAACCUUGGCAUUAUCGGCACCAUGCUUUAACCAACUGAGCUGUCCAAGAAGGACUAGGGGGGACUCUUGUCCUGAACCUGAGAGCCACUGCCAGUCAGUGGGGACAAUGCUGAGUUACAAAGACCAGUGGUCUUAUCCUAUGUUCCUAUGCACACACAGCAGGAGUGUCUGCAGGGAGGGAGACUUUGUGCAGGCGGCUACACACGCAAUGGAGCCCAUGUGCAUCUAGAAUCCUGAUUGUGCAGGGCACAGUGGCGUAGUGUGGGCGGAGCCACGGGGCACUUACCCUGGGUGCAAAAUUCUUAGGGGCACAAAAUUUCAAAAGGAAAUAAAAAUAUUAAUAAAAAAUAAAUAGUGGACCCUCCUGCUAACACAGAAUAUCUCCCAAUGUUCAUGUGGAUGGGCUGCGGAGAGGAUUUGAGCUAUGGCUGGUUGCUAGGGCGCCUUCUGCAUGGGCUUUAGAAACAUGACCACUCUCCCUUGGCCAUGGCUGCCACUUGGGUUGGCUGCCAAGCUAUUGCCCCUUCACUCCAGCCUAUUGGCAGGCAGUGCCAAGGAUACUUGCCUUGCCCCAGACACUGGCAACCCAUGCUAUGUCACUGGAAGGAUGUACAGAUGGCAAGCAUGGAUCUAGGGUGUGAUGUCAUGGUCAGGACUACUCAGCACAGCCUUCUCACAUAUUGGCAGAAUGCACAAGAAGUUUCCCUGAAGAAGGCUAAUGUGACAUGGGGAAACCCACACUAACACAGUGCAUUGUGCUGCAGUAUUCACGAUCUAUUCCCUGUGCUGUAAUGUAGCAGAGCUCUCAGGUUGGUUGCAUAUUCCAUAUGUGUUCUUGUCGGACAGAUGCAUCCAUAGCCUUCCUGAGCAAUUUGGCUUUGGAUGUUUGAAAGCAUAGCAGCCAGAUUUAUUGGUGGCUUCCCUGGAAUAAGGGCUAUGCACCUCACUUAGGGGCUAUCUUUGUGUGGCUUCAUAUAGCAACAAAUGGCAAUUACUCAACACAGUAUGGCUUUUAAAUAUUUGUAUGCAAGGGACAGGGUGUCCAAUUAAUCCACCUAUUGUGUCUCUUACUCUGCAGGCUUUAGCAGUGAGCGAUCACUUUCCAGUAGAGUUCCAGCUGAGAGCCAGCAGACAUUCCCCAAGACGAGCAAGAGCAAGCAAUCGUAGGCGCCUCUUGCAACAGGGCUAGACAAGAGACUGCUGUUCUCCGAAGAGAAAAGAAAUUGGAUGUAUAUUCACAAGAAAAGAGUGGGUUUAGUUUUUGACCUUUUCCUUGAUGUAUGUCGGCCUCCCAUAUGGCCUAUUUCACCAAAAAUAUGCAAACCGAAACUAUUUUUAUUGUUAAAAGCAUUCAAGGUUAAAUAAAAUAAAUGAGCUAAAAUUAACUUUGCCGUAACCUGAAAGACAAACGCAGUGAGGCAAUCUGAAUGCCUUAGCAAUGUCUUCAGCAGGGGUUGUUUGGUGAAACAAUUUGUUCAGAGUUGUUCGGCAUCUCUGCCUGUUCCCAACUUCGGUCUUCUGGCCAAAGAUAUUUUACAAUCAAGAACUCAGAAAGAAGCUACAGAAACACACUUUUUGCCAUUGACUGACUCCAAUCUUGUAGGUGGGUGCAUGCACACGGGCGCGCACACACACACACGUCACAUUACUUCUUUGAAGUUAGAGAAAUGUGAAAUUGUUGAUUUAGGUGGAACUCCAAAGGUUACCAAAAUAAAAACCUAGCACUGAGACACUGAGUACUCAACUCUCCCCUCAGAUCAGAUCCAAGAAGAAUGUGCCUUAAGGUUUUUUCAGUUUUUCCAAUUUUCAGUUCAGUUCAGAGGGAGCAGUUUAACCCUCAAGAAAUUUCAUCAGCGUUCUAAUACAUAUGUUUUUAUAAAUAAGCUUGCCUAACAUAAGCAAUUUCAUUUGAUGUAGUGCAUUUUUGAGUGAUAUUUUCACUAGCAUACACAUUUGUACACACACACACACACACACACACCGGAAUAUGCCUUUUCAUGCACAUUACUUGGUUGGAGAACUUUGCUGCAAAAUUCAGAGAACUUCAAAUAUUCAACAAUGGCAGUGUUUCUGUUAGCCUAUGGUUCCAAGGAGUGUGAAUUACUGAAUAUUCACCUUACAUACAAACUUAAUCAAGUCUUCUCCCUCAUCCUUAAUCAAACCCAAAUUCUCAGUCUGGAUGAACUGAGACCAUGCAAGUAGGUUGGAAAAUGAUGCUUUACAUUUGCCUUUCUAGAUUAUUGCAAUUUUAAAGAUGGGCCAGUAGGAUGAAUGUUGUAAUGCUAGACUAAAUUUUAUUUCACAGCUUGAUCUUGCUUGGGUGCUCAGGAUCUAAUUUCUUCCCGUAUUAAGGUGACAGGGAAAAUUAUCCUCAAGUCAGACUGAUUAAUGACUUGGGUGGCUUUUUGUCCUUUUCUCUCUCUUAUGGAACCAUCUGUUUUAUCUUCACUCAAAUUGUUUGUCUUUGCACACCAUGCACAAAGUGAUGUCCUUUGUUGGAUCAAUUAAUAUGCAGCAUGUUGGAAGUGAGAUACAAGUAACCCAGGGCUGUUCUCCAAGAUCACAGUGAAAUGUAGCAUUACAUGGCAGGCUGAUAUGAACCUAGAAAAAGGAUUGUCCUUAAAAGCAAAGCAGCAAAACGGGUGAGAACUGAAGAGGAGGAACACACCUUUGUUUAGAUCUGUAAUCAUGUACAGCCAGUUUUCCCACCACCCUCUUUGCAUAUUGCAGAACACCAGUGGGAGUGGAAGAUAGCUGGUUGGUGCAUUUACCCUUUUCAUUCAUUCAUUGCAUUUGUAUAUCACCUUUUUCUCCAAGGAGCUAAAGGUGGCACGCAUGGUUCUCUCUCACCUCAUUUAACCCCCACAACAACCCUGUGAGGGGGGUUAAGUUGAAAUUACUUGCCCAGGUCACUCAGUGAGCUGCAUGGCCAAAUGGGACUCACAGGUCCCAGUCCAACACUCUUAACCAGUACACCACACUGGCUCUCCAUUUUGUUUUGGUUUUUUGGUUUUUUUAUCAUGAUUUUUAUUGAGUUUUCCAUAUUUCAUUUCAUUACAUUACACAUAUCUACAGCUUACAUUAUUACUCAAAAAGAGCAUCGACCUCCUUCCCUCCCUCUUUUCUGUCAUCCCUAUAACUAUAACGUAUCUAUCGCAUUUCAAUAGUCACUUCUUUACCUUAUACCAACUUUUAGAAUCACCCUCUAGCUUGUAAAUUAGCUCCUUAAUUCCACAUUACCAAACAUUUCAUGUUAAAGCUACAAACGAUUUCAAAUGUUUACACUUUUCUUUCAAAUAAUAAAUAAAUUUGCUCCAGUCCUUUUGAAGCCUUUCAUCGGGUCGAUUCCUGAUUUUCCCCGUCAACUUCGCCAGUUCCAUGAAUUCUACCAUCUUUAUCUUCCAAUCAUCCAGGGUGGGGAGUUCUUGCUGCUUCCAUUUUUGAGCCAGGAGGAUUCUUGCAGCCUUUGUGGCAUACAUAAACAAAUUUACAUCUUUUUUGUGAAUUUCCUCGCCAAUUAACCCCAAUAAAAAUGCCUCUGGUUUUUUGCUAAAAUUAUAUUUUAAUACCUUUUUUAAUUCGUUGUAGAUAAUAUCCCAGAAGGCCUUAACCUUAUUGCAGGACCACCAACUGGCUCUCCAUUUUGAUGUUCCAGCACUCACUACCAUGAACCACAGAGCCCAUGGUGCUUCCAUGUUCAACCACACGGGCCAGCAGUAGAAGGAUCAGCAUGGAGAUAUAGUGAAAGCAAUCCUAAAAUGGGCAGGAAUUGGAGUGAAAAGGGAAUGUGGCAUCUCCUAUUUUAAAAUUUGAUGGAUGGUAGGACUUACAUUUUCUUGGAAGUGUAGCCCACCAGUGCUGGGCAGCUGGGGUGAAAAAUUCAAUUGGUGAGAGUUUUAUUUGGAUACGGCCCAUAGGGUUGCAUCCAACUUGGUGCACAAUGAAGUGCAAUGGAAGUUCCUCUUUCUCUCUCUUCCCUGUGCCCCCAAAAUGUGAUAAUGUUCCAUCCCUCACCCUCUGGAGCAGAUUUUGCAGCUGAAUAGGAGGGCUGUAGUGGAAAGGGAAAAGACGUUCUGUUGUGCAAGCGGAAAUCUGUUGCAGAACCUCAGCAUUACUUAAUUUUGCCCCAAAGGAGGAAUAUUUGAACUAGCCAAUGAUAUAUCAGAGAGAGAGGAGAAAUGUAUUUUUUGUGCAGGCAAACAGCCAGAUAGUAAUGCAACAAUGCCCUACUUGUUCUCUUACUUUCGUCAGCCAGCCAUAUUCCUCUACAUACUAUAGAUCAGGGCUCUAAUGUGAUUUCUUAUGAGAGAAAUAUGGAGAUAUCAAAUAACUGCUUUGUUAACAAAGAGGUUUCACCCUCCCCAGACAUCUCUCUACUGCAGAUUUUUGAAAUGCCAUGGGAAAUGUUUGUUAAUGACUAUGAGUAUUCUGUUUUUCCACCCUUCCCUCUGCUUUCUUCCCUACAAAAAACAAAAUUAUUCAACUUCCGUUUAUAUACUUUGGCCUUUGGUCCGGCUGUUGGGACAAAAAUAUAUGAAAGCUGACACAGUGACUCUAAACAUGGCAGUCUCCCGAAAUCAAUGCUCUCUAACAUUUAGUAGUUGGGGAAUGCAAACAAGACACUGUUUUUAAAAGGAACACGAACUGGCACAUGGAGACAAUUAUCCCAUAGGGAGGAUGCGCUCAAGCUAGGACAAUGGAAGAAGUUGAUGGGGAAACAAAACAGGAAUAGACAAUUCCAUAACCUCCCCUUGUCUCAAUCCCCCAAGACUGAAGACAGAAUAAUGAUAAAUAUAGAACAUGCUGACUGGCUCACACCAGACCAGAUAGGUUUCAAUUACAUGUUCUUGCACAAGAACUACCAUGAUCUCCAGACCUGAUGCAGUGAUUCUCAAAAUGUGGGGUUGGCCUCCCUUAGGAAAGGCACAUUCCA